GCUUGCUUCAAUGACGUGGCGCUGGUUGUAGUGGACGUAUCUAUGUAGUGCGUCUGCGAGUGUGCCUACUUGCGCGCUUUUAAUCGUCAAAGCGUGACAUACCUUGAGAGGGGAGACGUUCCGAGCGCGGAGCUGAAGAAGGGAAAUGCACUUUAGAUUAUGAUUUUGGGGACACACUAAGCCGCGAAGGAUUAUUUCUUUUCCUUAGUUUUUCUUUCUUCUUGGAGCACGAUGUCGCGGGUUCGAGUCCCGACCACAGCGCCCGCAUUGCGAUGGGGCCGGGAUCCGAAAACUCUCGUGCACUUGGAUUUGGGUGCACGUUAAAGAACUCCGGAUGGUCAAAAUUAACCCGGAACCGUGCACGACAGCGCGCCUCUCAUAGCCCCACGCUGCUUUGAGACGUUAAACCAAAUGAAGUAUUUUUCUUUUUCUUUCUUUUUGUUUUCUUUUGUUGUUUUUUGGGGUGAUGUGCGUUCGUUGUAGACGCAUGAGCGUGCGAGACCCAACGACUGUGAUUGUCCCUCAACUACGUUUAGGGCUUGAGCUGGCGAUGUGAUAAACCCAAGAUAGCAGCGCGAGACAAGAUUAAGGAAUGUGCACACGCGCGCAGUAAAGCGAGCAACUUGGACUGAAGGGCAGAGGAAGCGCCGGUUUCGAAGGGUAACUGCAAACCGACCUUUGGAAAUAUUUGUGGAGUAUCUCAGUACAUAUAUAUACACACUACAAUCUGUCGCAUCGCGGGAAACGUCGCUGUAGUGGAUACACACGCAUUGACCUCGGACCAGCCGGGCCUUAAAAAAAGGGCGGCGCCUUCUCCCCGCCGGUCGGGAGGGCCAAUUGCACGCAUCAUUAGCGCGGCUCACGGCGGCGGCACGCGCGAUAAGGCGUCGUCGGCGGCCGUCAUUCGGCGAUGCAGCGUCGUCGCGUGGGCAUCGUGGGCUUCGGCCAGCUGGGCCAGUUCCUGGCCGCCGAGGUGCAGCGCCGGCCGGAGUCGCUCGAGCUCGCCUUCGUGUGGAGCCGGGGCCGCGUGGUGCACGGGCUGCCGCCGCACCUGGUGCUCGAGGACCUGGCGCUGGCCGCUACCCGACACCCGGACCUGGUGGUCGAGGUGGCCCACCCUUCCCUGGUUCGCACUCAUGGCGAGCAGCUUCUGCGCCACUGCGACCUGCUGGUUGGUUCGCCCACGGCGUUCGCCGAGCCGGACGUCGAGGCGCGACUGCGCGCGGCGGCUAGUCGCCACGCGCUGUUCGUGCCGUGCGGCGCGCUGUGGGGUCUGCACGACAUCCGGGCACUGGCAGACCGCGGCCAGCUGGCUGAGCUGACGGUCACCAUGACCAAGCAUCCGUCGGCGCUGAGACUGGCCGACGCCGAGAUGCGCGUCCGGUGCGACCGAGCGGCCCUCGGAGCGCAGGCCGUCACGCUCUACGACGGGCCCGUGCGCUGCCUCUGUCCAAUGGCGCCCAACAACGUGAACAGCAUGGCGGCCGCGGCGCUCGCGGCGCACACGCUGGGAUUCGACGGCGUCCGGGGCCGGCUGGUGGCCGACCCGGGCAUGGCCGACUACCACAGCCUCGAGCUGGACGUGGUGGGGCCCAGCGAGCCGGACGGGCGGGCCUUCCGCGUCCGCACGCUGCGUAUGAACCCCGCCGACCGAGGGGCAGUCACGGCGAGCGCCACCUACGGCGCCUUCCUGGGAAGCAUGCUCGAGGCCGCCAAGGGUCGCGGACCAGGAGUUCACUUCUGCUGAAGCCUAAUGUAAAAAAAAUGAAAUUUUGUUGUCGCCGCUUUGGCAGCGCAUGUUAUGCUUGUCUUUUAUGUUACUAUUAUUUCUUUCUGCGUAAAUUUGUGCUUACACGGAACCAUGGAUAGUAAUUUUAUUUUCUCUCGCUGUUCUUUUCUUUUCGUUAGUUCUUUCUGUCGAAUAGUAAAGAAAACAAGCGAAAA